AUGGAAAAAACAAGAAUAGAGUCCCUUUUUAUUUACGAUGAAGAUAUAAAAAAAGUUGAUAAAUCCAUGACGGAUGAGGAAUUACAAGCGGCGAAGGUUAUUUAUUAUUAUCCCCACGAAAUUAAUGAGAAUAUAAAGGUUUCUCAUACAAGUACUAUGGAAGGAAUAUCAUCAUUUAUAAAUCAAUUUAGUAAACAUCAUAUAGAUUAUAUUAUAACCAAAGAUAAUUUAAUGGUUAUGAACAAAUGGUACAAGGGCAUUUAUAUUGUUGCGAUUGUAAAAAAUAUCUACAAAAAUAAUAAGAUAGAAUUGUUAAUGUGUAAAUUGUUACAUUCUGUUCUUAAUAAUUUUAUAUCAAUUUUUACUUUAUUACAUGGACACAUUCGUAAUUUCUUAAAAUACAAAAAAUAUAACACAACAGAUAAUAUAAAUAAAAAACACUCCCUCCAAACCUUAUUAGAUGAUUAUGUUUUUACAUAUAUAAGUACUAUAAAUAAUGAAAAUAUAAGUAUACACAAUGAACUUGAGAGUUUUCAUUUUUUCCCUGUGGAAAAACAUACAUAUGUAACUGUGCAGAACUUCAUAUCAUCACUUAUAUUGGGAAAUAAACAAAUUAAAAAUGGAGGUUUGUUUUAUGAGGGUUAUUUGAUAUAUUCUAGUUUGGAAAUGAACGACAUCAAAAUUAUUUACAAUUACCUUGUAUCGUACAGUGGAGUUGUAAAUAAUUUAAAGUUGACACAAUAUCCGUUUAGAAAAAUAGCAUCCACCGCAGCAAUAAAUUCUAAUGGAGGUUUGUCAAGCUUUGCAAGAUGUAAUUCGUUAGAGGAAAAAAACGCUUAUCUUAUGGGGAUAAAAAAGUCAUCCGUAUUUAUGCCUGUGGUAACCCUCAGCGGUGAUAAGAAAUACAAACUAGUGGUUUUUAUUUAUAAAGGAAUAUUAUUAAUGCUCCUAAUAAAAGGAAGUAAAAUAAAAGACGAAGAUUUUGAUGUUCUUAUAGAUAUUCAAAAUAAAUGUACAAAUGAGAAUUGUAAUAAUAUUUAUAACUUAAAUAAAUUAAAUGAACAUUUAUCAAAUCAAUUUAAGAAAUUUACAAAUCAAGAUGAUAAUGUAAAAUUUUUUUAUUACAACCAUUCGAAUAAUUCUGUAAAAUAUACAUUUAAUAAUAAAAAAAUAAAUAACGAGGAGCUGUCACUUAUUUCUUAUUUUCAUUUUUGUAUUGAAGACAGUGAACAUAAAUAUAAUCAUAUCAGAAUAAAUAAAAGUUAUUAUUCAAAGAAUAAAGAAACUACAAAUUUAUCUAAUGAACUCUUUAAUUUUCAGAGGAACAUACAAAAAAACAAUAUGAAAGAUGAAAAAGAAUCUAAUACAUUUAAAAGGAAUAAUAAUACACAUAUUACCCUUACCGGUGAUGAUAAAACAGUAAGGGGAAAUCAUAAAAAUAUAAAUAUCAACAAUAAUGAUUAUGAUGACCACACAAGUUGUAAUAAUGGUAGUAAUGGAUGCAAGGAAAAUAAUUCUUUAGUAUUAAACAAAAAUGAUGACAUACAAAAUGUUAAUUUGUCAUAUGAUACAUACAAACAUAAAGAUGAAGAUAUAGGAAUAAAAAAUGUAAAUCAAAUAUGUAAUAAUGAACAGGAUAAAUUAAUUAAUAAUAAUAAUAAUAAUAAUAAUAUAUCCAAUGAUGAAAAUAUAAAUAAAAAAAAACAAAAUGAACCAUAUAAUCAUAAUAAAAAUUGUGUUAAUAAUAAUAAUAAUAUUCAAAAUGAUAAAAGAGAAAUAAUAGAUGAAGUCGAUAAAAAUAACUACAAAUUUAAAAAUAAUAACCAAAAAAAAUCUAUAACAGAAAAAAAUGAAUAUGAUACAGAAAAAAAAGAAGAAAAACCAAAAUUCAAAUUAAUAUAUAAUGAACAACUCAAAAAAAAAAUAUUUGAUGAUAAUACUGAUGAUGUCAAAAUUGAGAAAAUAUUCUUUAAAGAAGGAAAUUCACCAUGGUUAUAUGCACACAAAUCAUUACAAAGAGAAUUAUUUAUUUUUCCUGAGGAUAUAAAAACAUCCUUAACAAAAGCUCAACAAGAAAUAAAUCAAAUAGUACAAAAUAAUUUUUCAAACAUAUAUAUAUAA